AUGGGAUACACUCAGCGACGGGUGCAGAUCCGUUCUAUUGGAUGCGUGUUAUCCUUGCUUCUAAUCGCGGAACUGUCAUGGAACUUGGAAUCACUCCCAUUGAAUGGAGCACAAAAGCUACUUGGUAUUUUGAUAGCUGUUGGAGAAGCAGUUGCCUAUGUUCUUUCUGGAAUGUAUGGUAGUGUGGGCCAACUUGGAGUAGGAAAUGCUAUCCUCAUCAUCAUCCAGCUCUUUUUUGCCGGCAUUAUUGUCAUAUGUUUAGACGAGCUUCUUCAAAAAGGAUAUGGUCUUGGUUCUGGAAUUUCCCUUUUCAUAGUAACUAAUAUCUGUGAAAACAUUAUAUUGAAGGCAUUUAGUCCCACCACCUUUAAUAGUAGGCGUGGAGAUGAAUUUGAGGGUGCUGUUAUUGCUCUGUUCCAUUUGUUGAUAACUAGAACAGACAAGGUUUGUGCUCUUCGCGAAGCGUUUUACCGGCAGAAUCUUCCAAAUGUCACAAACCUUCUUGCUACUGUCUUGAUCUUUCUGAUUGUGAUAUACUUCCAAGGUUUCCGUGUGGUCUUGCCUGUAAGGUCAAAGAAUGCCCGAGGACAGCAGGGUUCAUAUCCAAUCAAACUUUUCUAUACCUCCAACAUGCCCAUUAUUCUUCAGUCAGCCCUUGUUUCAAAUCUCUACUUUAUCUCUCAGCUUCUCCAUCGCAAGUACAGUGGAAACUUCAUUGUAAAUCUGUUGGGAAAAUGGAAGGAAUCUGAAUAUGGAGGUGGUCAUUCAAUUCCUGUUGGUGGUAUUGCAUACUACAUCACUGCACCUUCCAGUUUAGCUGAUAUGGUAGCCAAUCCUUUCCAUGCUUUGUUCUAUCUUGUGUUUAUGCUGUCAGCAUGUGCAUUGUUCUCUAAAACUUGGAUUGAGGUUUCUGGUUCGUCUGCUAGGGAUGUUGCCAAGCAGUUGAAGGAACAACAAAUGGUAAUGCCUGGACACCGGGAGUCAAACUUGCAGAAAGAGCUAAACCGAUACAUUCCCACUGCUGCAGCAUUUGGAGGCAUAUGUAUUGGUGCCCUAACAGUCUUGGCCGAUUUUAUGGGGGCAAUAGGUUCAUGGACAAAGAAUAUAAGAAGAAGGAUUAAAACCAAGAGUAGGCAGGAAAGCAUAAUCUAA